AGAUAUUUCGGACCGUUAGAUCAGAGUCAAGUGGCUCCGGUCUCGGCAUAGGCACCGUCCGAUUUUGGCCCCCGCCAAAACUGAGGCUGCAGGUUUUAGAUAUUUUUCCGAUAUUUUCUCCCCCAUCCCCUCCCUCUCCGAUACCAAAAGCAUCUUAUUCGUUGUCGAGCGAGCUCUGCCUUCAAGUCCACUCUGAGCAAUGGAAGAGGAAGUUAUGGUGAGCGGCGGCGUGGAGGAGGUGGCGCAUGGGCCGGUGAAGUGGGAGAGGUUCAUGCCGAGAAUGGUCAUGCGUGUGUUGCUGGUCGAACCUGACGAUUCGACGCGGCAGGUCGUUGCUGCUCUGCUCCGGAAAUGCGGUUACAGAGUUGUUGCUGUUUCUGACGGUUUGAAGGCUUGGGAAUUGCUAAAAGGAACACCUCGCAAUGUUGAUCUCGUGUUGACAGAGGUGGAAAUGCCAUCAGUGUCGGGAUUCUCUCUUCUUAGCCUUGCUACAGAGCAUGACAUUUGCAAAAAUAUACCAAUUAUAAUGAUGUCCACUCAGGAUUCAAUUGGUACUGUGUACAAAUGCAUGUUGAAAGGAGCUGCUGACUACCUUGUCAAGCCAAUCCGGAGAAACGAAUUGCACAAUCUUUGGCAACAUGUUUGGAGAAGACAAAUUCUCUCUAUUGAUGGACAUUGGCCCCUGGAUGGGAGUGCUGCACUGCAAAACGGGGAACCAGCAGCUGAAAAGGAUGCUGUCAGUAAUCAAAAACACGAUGGCAUGACCUUUACCCAAAGAGAUGAGGAUUUCGUCGAGAAAGGAAGUGAUGUUCAGCAGAGUUCAUGCAUGGGGUCGGAUCUGGAACCAGAGAGUGCCCAUGAAGAGCAGCCACUGAAGUGGUUAUUCAUGCCAAAAAAUUCGAGUGGAUUGGCUUUGAGUUCCUGCAAACUCGGUCUCACUUUGUCUCCGAGCAAGGAAGUCGAUCAGAGAAAUGAACAAGUUGCUACCGAGGGUUCUGGUGAUAAUCAGUUACCAGUGGACUCUGAUAAGGAAGCCAUUGACCUGAUUGGGGCAUUUGAUAACAGUGCACGACAUAAUCGCACAGAUGACUCAUUACACCAUUUUUCGAGAGAUCACGAUUUAUCGACAAAGCUCAAUCUUUCCCUGGAAAGAUCUGAUCCUCAUGACUUUGACAAUUCAGGAACUGAAGAAAGACAUUCCCUGAAGCAAUCCAAUGCCUCAGCCUUUUCACGGUAUAUAAACAAUUCUAGUUCUGAGACUCCUAGUCCUAUUCUGAGCACCCCAAAGAGUAUCUUAUCUUUCCCGACUUCUUGGCCAAAGCAAACUGAACAUCUUCUGCCUCAUCAGAGACCAUAUCCUGCCUGUGUCCCAGUGAAAGUUUUGAGGUCCAACAGCCCGAGCACUGAUUUAACACUACCAAAUCCUAGCACAGAUUCUCAGCAAGAUCCAUCCUUGCAAGUGAACUCUUCCGGUCAUUCUGUUAGAGAAAUUAAUGAUCUUGAACAUUCAAAUACUCAUCUGAAUGAUCAGAAUACCUACAAUGGGCAAAUAAAUGAGCCUAAAUUCGAUGCUUUUGAGGACCGGAGAUGUUGCUCCUUGUCCAGUGACAGAAGUGCUGCUAGCAGUUCUGCAAAUGAAUCUUCUUUAAGUAGACUUAAUAGCAUGGACAUAGGAAAUGUUACUGUAAGUGGCGCCAAACUCAAUCAGAGCAAGGACGAAGGUGGCAGCUUUGCUCUCAAUGGAAUAUCUCAACAAGCUCUUCAACGAGAAGCAGCUGUUACGAAGUUCCGCCUGAAGAGGAAAUUUCGGUGCUUUGAGAAGAAGGUUCGGUACGAAAGCAGGAAAAAGCUCGCAGAGCAGCGGCCUCGUGUGAAGGGGCAAUUCGUUCGGCAAGCAACUGUUGACAUGUGCAUCGAUAGAAGCUGAUCAUCAACCAAAAUAGGGUGCAGGAUCCUUAAAAGUGUUAGGCGAGAUCGAACCAUCAGCAAUUCAUUGUAAUAUAACCAAGGGAGGUUCACUUUGGGGGCAUAGCUAGCACAUAAUCAUGUAUUUAUGUAUUGUAAAUCAAUUAGAUUAUGUUAAGGGUGGAAUAUUCUAGUAUUCUAGAAUAUUGCAUAUCUCCCUAAUUAGGCAUCUAUGUAUCAAUAUGUAAAAUAUCUUCCUUGAUUUUCUCUCUGA